AUGGAAACGCAUUUCAUUGACAAUUAUUUGAACACUUCCGCCAAAUAUCAAAGUUCGCCAUUCGUUUGGUGUUAUCUAUUACCGUUGAUUCAUAUAUUUAGUUUAAUCUCGAAUAUCCUUUGCAUCAUGGUAUUCUCUUCGAAUGUUUUUAUUAAAAAACCCAUUGCGAUUUAUUUUAUUUGUUUAUUAUUAAGCGAUUCAAUGGGUUUAUUCAUUGGUUAUAUCGAUAUGAUUAACCGUGAAAUCUAUCCAACAAUUGAACCAUCAUGGUUAUGUUUACUUCUAACGAAAAAUCUUGAACGUUUGAAAGACUAUCUAUAUGCAUUUACGGAACGCCUUUGUCUGGAAUGGAUAUUAUAUCGAAUUCUGUGGUUACGUGUGUCAACUAUACUCUUAGCUAUAUUAAGUAUUCAACGAACACGAACAUUUUUCUCACUUUCGUAUCAUGAAUCACGUAUGUUUGCGUUUUCGGCAUGUGUUUUAAGUCUUAUUCUUGCCUCGUUGAUCACGUGUAUGGAAUGGACACAUGUGUAUUAUGAUACUGCCGCUGACCCUGAGCUUUUCACAGACAUUUAUCAAAGAAUUCUUCAAGAUGAUUCAUCGAGAGAAUUUUAUUUGUCAACUUUAAAUCGAUAUUCAAAUGAAUCAACGGAUCGUUAUCGUUGUUUAUUAGAAUCGUUCAGCGGCAAAUCGCCUACUAACCAAUCUGCUUGCCUACUUGCAAAUAUCACUGAUCAAUUUGAAGACUUCACCAAAUCUUUGUUUUCAAAUGGCGAUGCCAAUGUUUCGGAAAGAAUCGAAACCAUUCUAUCAAACCUAUCUUCGAUCGAUGACAAUGAAAAAAAACAAUCGGCGUUGAUAGACCGUAUUGACCUAACUAAAGCCCAUGAUUUUAUUUCUCAAUUAUUAAAACCUCGUUCAUGUCAAAUUUCCAUUAGUUAUUCAACCUGGUUGAAAACAUACGACUUCUUCAAUUCGGUCUCAUUCGGAUUCGGCCGUCAUACGAUAGCAGUCUUCUUUGGCAAUGCAUUACCAUCCUUCAUUGCUGUUCUGGCCAAUCUUUCAUCAAUCAAAGUUAUAUACUUUUCCAAAAGUUACCAGUAUUUGAAAGAAUCAACAAGAAAAAAUCGACGCAAACGUCGUUUAAAAAGUGAUUUACACGCAUUUCUUGUUAUUUUAAUCGAAAGUUUUCUCGUCAUCCUCAUCUCAUGGGGAAUACCAAUCUUACUAACAAUGUAUCAUUGUUUAACAUUGUAUGUUGUUGAAUUUAAAGAAUGUCCAGUCGUGAAAGAAUACGCCGUGUUUUUCAUGUCAAUUGAUUUGUUUAAUUCAUCAACGAAUUGCUUAUUAUAUUCCUUGUCAGGCAAAUUAUUUCGCCGACGACUUAUCUCCUUACUGAAGGCCAUCUUGGUCUGCGGACAUGGUACCUUGUGGAACAUAAAACAACAUUCAAUCGACUUACUACACCAUCCAUUGGAUCGACAAUUAUCAAACAAUCUUUCGACCAAUACAAAUAAUUAUCAUCAUCCUCAGCAGGAGAGUUACCGUCAUUCUGGACGUUUAUCCUCACCGAAUCUUCAUCACCAACGUCGAAAACUAAAUAACUCGAUGCAGACAAGUAUCACAUACAACCGCAGUAAUGGUCAACCACGGAAUGUCUCCGACGAUGGUUCAUGCAGUUUCGAUCGCACGAGUGAUGAUUAUCAAAAUGGCAAAAGUUCACUGAGUGAUACUGAGUCAACUGUUCAAAAAUCACCCUACAAGGUUGAACCGCGCAAGCGUUCACUCUCGAUCAGAUCUUAUUUACUUGACAAGGUGCGAUCAAUAGGUUCGACAAGUAGUGCAAGUAGCAAAACUCAAUCGGACAAGCGUCCAUCAACGUUACUAACCGUGAACAAACCCAAACGAAAAACGAGACGCAAACUCUUUACGACAGUUGUUUCCAAUCCGGCGAACACAACGGAUCUCUCGUUUUCAACGUCAUCAAUGACCGGAAGUAUCAAACAAAAGUCACAACGAAAAUAUUCAAUCACUACGCGUCAUUCGGUGACGAAGGUUUUACUAUCCAAUACAGAAGACAAUCCAUCUAUAGUUAUUGACGAAGUUCAAGAAACUUUGACAAGCUUGUGA